GAGUUUGACAGGAGUAUAACAACAUUCGAACUUCACUCAAAAGUUUGUUCUCGACACGGAUAGAAGCGAAAUAGUGACUUACAGCACACGUCUAGGCAAUUAUGGAGCGCUCCAAACAGAAACCGGUGAAUCAAAGCGAAAAAGAAACUGACGGAGCGAUCAACGGACACUUUGAUGGCCGGGUGAAGAUGCCCGGAUGGAAAGCUGGAAGUGCCUCCGGGGACCCGGGCAGUGUGCCGACCUCCAGCGUGAUGGAGAGCUGGCGAGAAGAGCGCACCCGGAGCCUGGAGGACAACGAGAUGAGCCUGCCGAGCAUCGCCGCGGCUUACACCACUAUUCUUCGGGGUCUCGGGGAGGAUCCGCAGCGCCAGGGGCUCCUCAAAACUCCCUGGAGAGCCGCGACAGCCAUGCAGUUCUUCACCAAGGGAUACCAGGAGAAAAUCAUCGAUGUCCUGAAUGAUGCAAUCUUUGAUGAAGACCACGAUGAGAUGGUGAUUGUGAAGGACAUCGACAUGUUUUCCAUGUGUGAACAUCAUUUAGUUCCCAUUUUUGGCCGGGUGCAUAUAGGUUACCUUCCAAACAAGAGAGUCCUUGGUCUGAGUAAAUUAGCACGAAUCGUUGAGAUAUACAGCAGGAGAUUGCAAGUUCAGGAGCGUCUGACCAAACAGAUCGCCGUGGCCAUUACUGAAGCUCUGCAGCCUGCUGGUGUCGGGGUGGUGGUCGAAGCGACUCACAUGUGUAUGGUCAUGCGCGGCGUCCAGAAGAUGAACAGCAAGACUGUGACCAGCACCAUGUUAGGUGUUUUCCGCGAAGAUCCCAAGACACGAGAUGAGUUCCUGACCCUGAUCCGGAGCUGA